UAAAGCAAAGUUGCUUAGUUACUCCAAUGCGUAAUGGCGGCCGUCUCAAACUUUACAAGAAAACUAGCAUAAGGUCUAGUUAGAAACGCCAGACGUGCCAAGAAAACGGAGUAUAUCCUGCUUGUUUCUUAAUGAUAUUUAAGUAUUGAUCACAUUGGGAAAAAUCCUAAACGAAACUUCAAAUUUAACCACCGUUCCUUGUGCCGUUCAAAGAAAGGGGUUUACACGGUUGUUGUUGUUUGGUUGUAAAAUCUCAACAUGGAUUCUGAAAGAGAGGAUGCUCCUAGCGCUAACGCAAGGGAAUCUGUAGAUGAUAUGUCAGAAGUAACAGGGCAAGAUUCUGUGUCUGCCGUCCCAGAAAAGAGCAAAAAUGGCGACUCUUCGUCCGAUAAUGGCGGCGAACAGGAAUCCCCGUUCAACGGGUUUGGCAGCCCGCGCUCCGCAGACAACAUCGAGAUAGAUCCAGCAGAAAUGGUUCCCCUAAUCAAGGAGAGAGUAACCCUCACUAACUUGACUUCCGAUCUUUGGACGACGGAACAUGAUGACACGAUUAUCAAAUUUCUAAACGACAUCAGUUCGCGGUUACUGGUUGUGUACAUAGAUAAACUUCUUGGACUUCAAGUGUCCACAUGCGUUCCACCACAUCCCGUUGAGGAGCUCACCUAUCUGAUCCGUUUUGAAAAUGCAGUUCUCACUCCUGAUAAUUUAGAGAAGACGUUGCAGUUUGGAACAGUCAAAUCCAACUAUGUUGAGAGCUUGCUCAGGCAGAUGUCAAAUGUCUACGCGCCUCUUCUCUUUGGAAAUCAAAGUUGGCCGGACAGCAUCAAAAAUGAUUUUUUGGCUCAUCUUCACAAGUUCAUGGCAAAUCUGACAGAUACUCGUUAUAAGAUGCAAGGCAAAACAGUGCUUUAUGUUCCUAGUGAGAGUACAACCAUCAACAUUGAACAAGCUUCCAAGAACAAAGAGUUUGUACAACGCCUUGAAGCGGCAAUGAUUCAUUGGACAAGACAAAUCAAGGAAGUGUUAAGUAGCCAAGACACAUUCGAGACAGCUGAAAACUCUGGUCCUUUAGAGGAGAUAGAGUUUUGGCGCAGUAGGUGUGCUGAUCUGUCGGGAAUCAGUGAGCAGCUGGACAAGCCAGGCGUCAAGCGUAUCCAGGCAACCCUGGAGUUAUCCAAGUCUUCUUAUGUUACUCCAUUCUUGAAGCUGUCCAAACUUAUUCAGGAUGGCUCAUCCCAAGCACAGAGCAACUUGAAAUUUCUGUCGACCCUGAAAGGUCCUUGUGAGGAGCUAGCGCAAGCUCAGCCCAAAGAUGUGCCUGCCAUGUUGCCACGCAUCCUCCACACUAUUCGGAUGGUCUGGAUGAACUCUGAGCACUACCGAAGCAGGGAAAGGCUCACAGGUAUCUUGAGAAAGGUGAGCAAUGAAAUCAUCAAGCGAUGCAGCACCAAGAUCAAUCUUGAUGACAUCUUUGAGGGGCGUAUCCGCACCAGUGUGGACGGCUUACAAGAGAGCAUCCAGUGCUGUGAGGCUUGGAAGGAGAUUUAUGAGAGGAUCAGCCGAGUACACUCCAAGCUUUCAAGUGAGCUGUGGAUACUGGAUCACAGUAGUAUCUUUGCACAAGUUGAUGCCUUUGUUCAGAGGUGCAAAGACUUGCUAGAGGUAUGUGAAGGGCAGAUGCACUUUGCCCGUAUGUACAAUGGAGAACAAUCUCCCCUUCCAUGUUUCCAUGGCGUGCGUGGACCAGAAAUUGUGCGCAACUUGCUUGAGAUUGAGGCCACGUUUGAAAAGAACAUUCAGAUUCUCAAGGCUGUGAAAAAGACUAUCCUUGAUGUCAAGGCAACAACAUGGCAUGACGACUUCAACAGGUUCCGUGCUGGUGUCAAAGAUCUGGAAGUCAUGGUACAAAACUUGAUUGCAUCAGCAUUUGAGACCGUCACUACUGUCAAGGAAGGGGUAGAGAUUCUAGACAUCUUCCAGCACCUGUCGACACGCGAGGCAAUACGAAGGACAAUUGACAAAAAGACAGUUGAGGUCUACCAGCUUUUCAAUGAGGAACUCAACCUUGUGAAGAAAGAGUUUAACACCAAGACAGUCGAUCUGCCUCCACUCUAUCCUAAGUAUGCUGGCUCUGCUAGCUGGGCACGUAUGUUGAAGAGACGCAUUGACAAGUCUAUGAAUGUCCUUAGCAAGGCGUUUUUCCUGCCACAAAUCGGCAGUGGCGAUGAGAUCAGGACGCAGUACCAGCAGCUUGCUCAGGCUCUGGAUGAAUUUGUGCGGAAAACAUUCAAUGAGUGGACAGCAACAGUAGAUAAGGACUGUGGCAGACUGCUCGAGAUUCCUCUAAUGAGGCGGAGUGCAGAGAGAGCAGGCACACUUGACCUGAACUUUGACAAGGUGCUGCUGAAGCUCUUUAAUGAGAUCCAUUACUGGGAGAAGCUGAUGUUGGAGACACCGCACUAUGUGUCUGAGGUGUACCAGAAGAAGGAGGAUCUGCGCAUCCUCAGAGAGAACGUCCUGCUCGUGGUCAGAGACUACAACAGGAUAAUUGCUGUCCUGUCACCUGAAGAGCGGGGCCUGUUUAGGGAGAGAAUCCGGUCCCUGGACAAGAAGAUCCAUCCUGGCCUCACUAAACUAUCAUGGGCGUCUAAAGGCAUCUCUGAUUACUUCAUUGGCGAGUGUAGGAACAACUGUAGCAAGGUUCAAGGUAUUGUUGACGACUACAAGAACGCAAACCUGGUGAUCAGCAAGAACUGCAUCAAGAUCAGUGAGAUGUUACUGGUCAAGAUAGACAGCAAAAGAGUCUAUGAUAACCUGGAGUUUGAAGAGGAACAAAAAAAGCACAUGGGUCUUGUGCAGACACGGCUUCAAGUUGCGCACGUUGAGAUUGUUGGCACCAUGAAGAACACUCACGAAGUCUUCAAGAACGAUGGACAAGAGGUCCAAGCGCACUGGUUGCGUUACACUGAGAAGAUGGACCGCAUGGUGGAAGAAGCCUUCCGUCUGAACGUCAAGUGGUCGCUGCAGGAGUUGUCACGUGCUAUUAACGGGGAUGGCAAGAGUAUUCCUAACCCUUUGCUACGAGUCAAGGUCGUACUGGAAGGAGACAAAGUGGAGUUCUCACCGACUCUAACCAAGCUUGCCAGUAUGAUGGAUAACAUCGCAAGUACACUCACCACAUGUUUGCAGAUCUUCAAAAGACUUCCAGACCUGUUAACACGAAAAAAGUCCAUCAAAGAGCCGGUACACCUGGUGAUAGAGAGAGAUGAGGAAACGAAAAAGAUCCAAACAAGCAUCAAGGCGGGCAUGUCCGCUAAUGCGUCACACUUGCAGUCAUACCUCAGUACUUGGGAUGGGUACCGGGAAAUCUGGGAGAUCCAGAAAGACGCAUUUAUCCGUCGCUACCAGCGCUUGAACCCACCCGUAUCAUCGUUUGAUGCUGACAUAGCAAGAUACACCGAGAUCGCCAAUAACUUUCAGAAAGAGGAGACAGUGUUGAAUAUCGACUUCGUGCUGUUAGACUGCUCGCCCCUCAAGUUUGCUCUCCUGAGUCACUGUAACGAGUGGCAGAGCAAGUUCACCACUCUACUGCGGGAAAUGGCUAGCCAGAAGCUCAUGGAGCUCAAUAACUUCCUCAAGGGCAACGCCAAAAAGUUGAGUGCACCCCCUGAGACACUAGACGAAUUGGGUGACAGCUUGAGCCUACUGGAGCAACUACAGAAUGACUUGCCGAAUAUUGAGGCAAAAUUCGCACCUCUCCACCAGCAGUUUGCCAUCUUGGAGAAGUAUGAGGUCGCCAUCCCCGAGGAGGUCCAGGGGAUGCUAGAUGCGCUCAGUGGAGAGUGGUUGUUGUUCCAGCAGUGUUUGAUUGACAGCGAUGCGAUGUUAAAGAAGAGUAAGGAAAAGUUCAAGACUGGCCUCAUCCACUCGUCAGAGGAGUUCAAGAAGACUGUGAAUGGUUUGUUUGACGACUUCCAGUCCAAGGGGCCAUUCAGUAGCUCUAUCGGUGUCAAGGAGGCUCUGGAACAGGUCACACAAUACCAUGAGCAAGUUGUCAACCUGAAAUCCCAAGAAACCAGUCUGAGGCGAGGCCUUAACAUCUUCAAGAUAGAGCAGGCGUUAUCUAAAGACCUGCAGAACCUGGAGAAGGACCUGGAGCACCUGGAGCAAGUGUGGACUGUCACCAAAGAGUGGGAGGAGCUAUGGGACACAUGGAAAGUUGGCAAGUUUGUGGAGCUGGUCACCACCGACAUGGAAACGCAGGCUCAACUACUGUUCAAGAGACUGAACAAGAUCAUCCGGGAGGUUAAGGAUAAGAACUGGGAGAUCUGUGACUCUAUCAAGUCUCGCAUUGAACAGUUCAAGCGCACAAUGCCGCUCAUCCAGGACCUGAAGAACUCGGCCAUGAGAGACCGUCACUGGAGCCAGAUCAAGACAGAGGUGCAAAAGCCUUUCGACCAUACGGGUGACUACUUCACGCUAGAGAAGAUCAUCGAGCUUGGCUUGGAUCAGUUUGGAGAGCAGAUUUGUGAGAUUUCUGGUGCGGCAAGCAAGGAGUUGUCGAUAGAACAGGCUAUUUCAGGCAUUGCUUCAAUCUGGGACCAGGUUUCAUUGGAUAUCGGUCCCUACAAGGACCGCGGACACUUCAGACUCAAGCAAACAGAUGAGGUGUUCCAACAACUGGAGGAUAACCAGGUGACAUUGUCCACGAUGAAGGCGUCCCGAUACGUCAAGGCGUUCGAGGCGGAGGUGGACAAGUGGGAGCGGACCCUGUCCCUUAUCUUGGAAGUGGUGGAGAUGAUCCUCACAGUGCAGCGCCAGUGGAUGUACCUGGAGAAUAUUUUUCUGGGAGAAGAUAUACGAAAGCAGCUGCCAAGGGAAUCUGCUGAGUUUGAUGACGUCAAUGCGAACUGGAAGAUCAUCAUGCAAAGACUCAACAAAGAUCCUAACGCCCUCCGAGGCACUCAUUAUCCAGGUUUACUGGAAACUUUGAACGACAUGAACACGAAGCUUGAAGAAAUCCAGAAAUCCCUUGACAUGUACCUGGAAACCAAGCGGCAGAUAUUCCCGCGAUUCUACUUCCUCUCCAAUGACGACCUCCUGGAGAUUCUUGGACAGUCCAAGAACCCUGAAGCAGUUCAGCCUCACCUGAAAAAGUGCUUUGAUAACAUCAAGACGCUUAAAAUGGCGAGGAUGGGCAUAACGCAGAAGACUGAAGCAGUCGGGAUGUACUCGGCCGAGGGUGAAUAUGUGGAGUUUGGCCACUCGGUGCUAUUGGAGGGACCAGUAGAGGCCUGGCUAUGUGAUGUCGAACGGAGCAUGCGCUGGACGCUGAAGGAACUGUUGAAACACUGCAGGCUUGGCUUAAAGAAGAGCUUGAGUAAGCGAGACAAGUGGGUCAAGGAGUGGCCCGGACAGCUGACGAUCACAUCAAGCCAGAUGCAGUGGACGAGUGACUGCAAUAAGGCUCUCAGCAGUUCCAAGGAACGUGGCGACAAGAAAGCCUUGAAGAGUCUCAAGAAAAAGCAGGUGUCCAUGCUGAACAAGUUCUCCGAGAUGAUCCGUGGCAGCCUCACCAAGAUGCAGCGCCUGAAGAUCGUAGCCCUGGUAACCAUCGAGGUGCACGGACGUGACGUCAUAGAGAAGCUAAUAAAAGCCGGCUGUAAUGACGUAACAGCGUUUGAAUGGCUGAGUCAACUGCGGCUGUACUGGGACAAGGAUAUCGAUGACUGUGUGGUACGCCAGACCAACACGCAGUUCCAGUACGGGUACGAGUACCUCGGCAACUCUGGACGUCUCGUUAUCACUCCACUGACAGACAGGUGCUACAUGACCCUGACCACGGCACUCCACCUCCAUCGAGGCGGCAGCCCGAAGGGUCCCGCAGGUACAGGUAAGACCGAGACGGUCAAGGAUCUGGGCAAGGCUCUUGGCAACUACGUCAUCGUUGUCAACUGCUCUGAGGGCCUCGACUUCAAAUCUAUGGGCCGUAUGUACAGCGGUCUCGCACAGACUGGUGCUUGGGGCUGUUUUGACGAGUUCAAUCGUAUCAACAUCGAGGUGUUGUCUGUAGUAGCUCAGCAAAUCCUGUCUAUCUUGUCUGCUUUGUCCGCCGGCGCAACUCGCUUUGUGUUCGAAGGUCGUGAAAUCAACCUAGUGUGGUCCUGUGGUAUCUUCAUCACAAUGAACCCAGGUUAUGCUGGCCGUACCGAGUUACCUGAUAACUUAAAGAGCAUGUUUAGACCCAUCUCCAUGUGCGUGCCUGAUUCGGGCAUGAUCGCCGAGAUCAUCCUCUUCGCCGAGGGAUUUAACAACACAAAGGUGCUUGCUAAGAAGGUUCACACCCUCUACACGUUGGCUGUCCAGCAGCUGUCCAAGCAGGACCAUUACGACUUCGGUCUGCGUGCUCUUACUUCCGUACUCCGGUAUGCCGGCCGUAAGAAGCGGGCCAAUCCAGACAUGUCAGACGAGGAGAUUUUGCUGUUGUCCAUGAAAGACAUGAACGUGGCUAAGCUCACUACCCAGGAUGCCCCGCUGUUCAAUGGCAUCGUCUCGGAUCUGUUUCCUGGCAUCGAGGCGCCAGUUAUUGACUAUGGCAAGCUGCGUAACGCGAUAGUGGCGGAGCUAAAGGAUGGGGGCUACCAGCCUACCCCUAACACAAUCCUGAAGAUCAUUCAGCUUUACGAGACCAAGAACUCCAGGCACUCGACGAUGGUGGUAGGCCAGACAGGAUCUGGUAAGAGUGUGACAUGGCGGGUUUUACAGUCUGCCAUGACUAGGCUGAAGAGAGAUGGGGAACCAGGCUUCAACGUGGUCAGGGAGUUCCCUAUCAACCCUAAGGCAGUGUCCCUUGGCGAGCUGUAUGGUGAAUUCGAUCUGAACACAAACGAGUGGACAGAUGGUGUGUUGUCAAGUGUGAUGCGUCAGACGUGCUCAGACGAGAAGCCAGAAGAAAAAUGGAUCCUAUUUGAUGCACCUGUCGACACGCUAUGGAUCGAAUCGAUGAACUCUGUCAUGGACGACAACAAAGUGCUGACACUCAUCAAUGGCGAGCGUAUUAGUAUGCCAGACAUGGUGUCCCUACUGUUUGAGGUAGAAGACCUUGCCGUCGCAUCCCCAGCCACUGUCAGUCGUUGUGGAAUGGUGUACACAGACUUCAGAGACCUCGGCUGGCAACCGUACGUGGACUCGUGGCUGGAUCGCCGUGUCGAUAAGCAAUCUGUGGAACACCUGCAGAGGCUGUUUGAGAAGUUCGUUCCCAAAGUUCUGGAGUUCCGCAAGCAUCACUGCAAAGAGCCUGUGCCAACAUCAGAGCUGAACUCUGUCGUCUCGCUUUGUGUGCUGUUUGAUGCUCUGGCCACAGAGGAGAAUGGGGUCCAUGCCCACGAGGAGAGCUAUGCGCGCAUGCUGGAGCUAUGGUUCUUGUUCUGCCUUAUCUGGUCUGUGUGCGCAUCCGUAGACGAGGACAGCCGAAAAAAGAUGGACAACUUCCUACGAGAACUCGAGGGACAGUUCCCUGCCAAGGACACGGUGUAUGAAUACCACGUGGACAUCAAGCAGAAGACGUGGGCCUCAUGGGAAGACAAGCUGAGAAGUGGAUGGCGCUACAACCCAAGUGUCCCGUUCUACAAGAUCAUGAUCCCUACAGUAGAUACCGUCAGGUACGACUUCUUGGUCUACAACCUGAUCCAGGCUAAGCGUCCGGUCCUACUGACCGGUCCAGUCGGCACUGGAAAGACGUCAGUGGCGCAGAAAGUGCUGCAGAAGCUGGACCCAAAGACCUUCGGGCUGCUCGUGAUAAACAUGUCUGCGCAGACGUCAUCCAACGAUGUGCAGGAAAUCAUAGAGAGCAAGGUGGAGAAGAGAACUAAAGGGGUGUACGUGCCUAUCGGAGGCAAGCAGAUGAUCACCUUCAUGGAUGACUUCAACAUGCCUGCUAAAGAUACGUUCGGUUCCCAGCCUCCUCUAGAGCUGAUCCGACUGUGGAUAGACUAUGGCUUCUGGUAUGACAGGAUGAAGCAGACAGUCAAGUACGUUAAGGAUAUGCACUUGUUGGCGUCCAUGGGUCCUCCUGGCGGUGGCAGGAUGGUGAUCUCUAAGCGACUGCAGAGCAGAUUCAAUUUGAUCAACAUGACGUUUCCACAGGAGAGCCAGAUCAAGCGUAUCUUCGGCACAAUGAUCAACCAGAAACUGCAGGAUUUCGAGGAGGAUGUCAAACCACUGGGCGAUAUCAUGACCCAAGCCACCAUCGAGAUCUACAACACUAUCGUGGCCAAGAUGCUGCCAACUCCCACCAGGAUACACUAUCUCUUUAAUCUUAGAGACAUUUCUAAGAUUUUCCAAGGGCUUCUCCGCGCGAACAAAGAUCUGCAUGACACCAAGACGGCCAUCUCCCGACUUUGGGUGCAUGAAUGCUUUAGAGUGUUCUCGGAUCGUCUGAUCGACAACACCGAUCGCGAGUCGUUUGUCACGCUGCUCAGCGACAAGCUCGGCUCCAUGUUCGACCUGACCUUUCAUAACCUCUGCCCCAACAGGCAGUCGCCGAUAUUCGGUAACUUCAUGAAGGACGACACGAUGUAUGAGGACCUAGUAGACUUCAAGGCAAUCAAGAGGUACAUGGAGGACCAGAUGGAAGAUUACAACAUGGAGCCAGGCGUCAUCGCCAUCAACCUCGUGCUCUUCCGUGACGCCAUAGAACACGUUACGCGUAUCGUCCGUGUGAUUGGCCAGCCUCGCGGUAACAUGCUACUUGUUGGUAUCGGCGGUAGCGGCCGCCAAAGUCUCACUCGUCUGGCAUCAUACAUCAUCGAGUACAAGGUGUUCCAGAUAGAGGUCACUAAACACUACAGGCGACAGGAGUUCAGAGAUGACCUAAAGCGGUUGUACUACCAGGCUGGAGUGGAUAACAAGCCAACAGUAUUUCUCUUCAAUGACACCCAGGCCCUGGAGGAAGGCUUCCUUGAGGAUGUCAACAAUAUUCUCAGCAGCGGGGAGGUGCCCAACCUCUAUAAACCGGACGAGUUUGAGGAGGUCCGUACCGCGUUGAGUGACAUCGCCGCAAAGGAAGACGUACAGGACACCCCCGAGUCCAUGUUCCUCUUCUUCAUUGAGCGCGUGCGCAGUAACCUCCACAUCGUGUUGUGUAUGAGCCCUGUCGGCGAUCCUUUCAGAAAUCGCAUUCGUAUGUACCCCGCCUUCGUAAACUGUACGACGAUAGACUGGUUCAGCGAGUGGCCAGGUGAUGCGUUGCUCGAGGUCGCAGAGCGAUACCUGGAGAAUAUCGAGCUAGGAGAUGAGGAGACGAAAGCCAACGUAGCGCAAAUCUUUGUGACGGUCCACCGCUCAGUCGUGGACAUGUCCGCCCGUAUGUUGCUAGAGCUGAAAAGGCACAAUUAUGUCACGCCCACGAACUACCUAGAGCUUGUGUCUGGCUACCAGAGUCUUCUGGCGGAGAAAAAGAAGGAGCUUGGUGACGCGGCGAGUAAACUUCGUAACGGCUUGGACAAGAUCGAUGAUACGCGCGCUAAGGUGGAGGUGAUGUCCGUGGAGCUGGAAGACGCCACACUCAAGGUUGCCGAGUUCCAGAAGCAGUGCGAGGAGUACCUCGUGGUCAUCGUGCAGCAGAAGCGAGAGGCGGACGAACAGCAGAAGAUGGUGCAGGCGAGAAGUGAAAAGAUCGCUAUUGAGGAAGACAAGUGCCGCGUGAUGGCAGAGAAUGCUCAGCAUGACCUGGACGAGGCGAUCCCCGCACUGCAAGAAGCAAUGAAGGCAUUGGAGUCGCUCAAUAAGAAGGACAUGACAGAGAUCAAGUCGUACGGCCGCCCCCCUGCACUCGUCGAGAAGGUCAUGGAGGCAGUCAUGAUCCUCAGGCAGUCGGAGCCCACAUGGGCGGAAGCCAAGAGGCAACUAGGUGACGGCAACUUUAUCAAGCAGCUUGUUAACUACGAUAAGGACAACAUGACUGAUCGUAUUCUCAAGAAGAUCGGUACAUAUUGUGCACAGCCUGACUUCCAGCCUGAGAUCAUCGGCCGCGUGUCUCUUGCCGCCAAGUCCCUAUGCAUGUGGGUACGGGCUAUGGAGGUAUACGGCAGGAUCUACCGGGUGGUGGAACCCAAGAAACAGAGACUUCACCAAGCUACUGCUCAGCUAGAGGAGAAACAAGCCAUCUUGGCGGAGGCUAAAGCCAAGCUCAAGGAGGUUACAGACCGGAUGGAGGAGCUUAAGCGCCAGUACGACGAGAAGUCCGCUCAGAAAGAAGAGCUGCGAGCGAAAGCCGAGCUCCUGGAGAUCAAGCUCGACCGUGCUGGCAAACUGGUGUCUGGACUGGCGGGGGAGAGGGACCGAUGGGAAGCAAGUGUCACGAUACUGGAGGAGAAUAUCGGUUAUCUGGUGGGAGACUGUCUGAUUGCCGCUGCCUUUAUGUCAUACGCUGGUCCUUUCCUCUCCAACUACCGGGACGAGCUGGUACUCAAGACGUGGCUGGCACAGGUCCGGCAGCUAGGCGUGGCCUGCAACCCGAACUUCUCCUUCUCGGGGUUCCUGGCCAAGCCUACCACAGUUCGGGAAUGGAAUAUCCAGGGCUUACCGUCUGAUGCCUUCUCCACUGAGAAUGGUGUCAUGGUAACACGAGGGAACCGCUGGCCACUGAUGAUCGACCCUCAAGGACAGGCGCUCAAAUGGAUCAAGAACAUGGAGGGGAAAAGUGGUCUCAAGAUAAUCGAUUUGCAACAGUCAGAUUACCUCAGGACUCUUGAGAACGCCGUGCAGUUCGGGAGCCCUGUGUUACUCCAGAAUGUGCAGGAAGAACUUGAUCCCUCACUCGCUCCUAUCCUCAACAAGUCUGUCGUCAAAGUCGGCGGCCGCUACCUGAUCAAGUUAGGCGACAAGGAGGUUGAGUACAGCCCUGACUUCCGGUUCUACAUCACCACUAAACUUAGUAACCCUCACUACACCCCGGAGAUCUCUACCAAGACCACUAUCGUCAACUUCGCCGUCAAAGAGCAAGGUCUCGAGGCACAGUUGUUGGGUAUUGUGGUGCGAAGAGAGCGACCGGAGCUUGAGGAGCAGAAGGAUGCGCUGGUCAUCAACAUCGCUGCUGGCAAGAAGAAGCUGGAAGAGUUGGAAGACGAGAUUCUCAGGUUGCUGCAGACAGCACAGGGUUCACUGCUGGACGAUGAGCAGCUGGUGAAUACGCUUAACUCCUCCAAGACCACAUCGCAAGAAGUGGCGGAACAGCUAACAGUCAGCGAACAGACAGAGAUCAAGAUCGACGCUGCACGUGAGGGUUACCGACCGUGUGCCCAACGUGCGUCCAUUCUGUUCUUCGUGCUGAAUGACAUGGGGCGUAUAGACCCUAUGUACCAGUUCUCACUCGACGCCUAUAUUGAUCUGUUCAACAACUCGAUCGAGAAGAGUCAAAGAAGCCCCAACCUCGACAACCGAAUCCAGAAUCUCAACGAGUACCACACUUAUGCAGUGUAUAAGUACACGUGCCGGGGUCUGUUUGAGAGGCACAAGCUGCUCUUCUCAUUCCAGAUGUGCUCCAAGAUCCUGGAGGCCGCCGGUAAACUCAACAUGGACGAGUACAACUUCUUCCUCAGAGGAGGGGUGGUUCUUGAUCGCGAGGGUCAAAUGGACAAUCCGUGCACGCAGUGGCUAACAGACACCUCUUGGGAUAACGUAACCGAGUUGGACAAGCUUCCCAAUUUCCAUGGCAUCGUGACGUCAUUUGAGCAGUACCCACGUGACUGGAACCAGUGGUACACAAGUUCUGAGCCCGAGAACACACCCCUUCCUGGCGAGUGGGAGAAUGCUUGUAACGAGCUGCAAAGGAUGCUGGUAGUUAGAUCACUCAGACCAGACAGAGUCUCAUUCACGGCUACCUCCUUCAUCGUCAACAACCUCGGAUCAAAGUUUGUCGAGCCUCCUGUUCUGGACAUGUCCUCUGUGGUAGAUGAUUCCUCCACACGUACGCCGCUGAUCUUUGUGUUGUCACCAGGAGUAGACCCAACAAGUGCUUUGCUUCAGCUUGCGGAGAACUGUGGCAUGUCCAACCGGUUCCAUGCCCUCUCCCUGGGUCAGGGCCAAGCCCCUAUAGCCACACGCAUGAUCAAGGAAGGUGUUAAAGAUGGUAACUGGGUGUUCCUGGCUAACUGUCACUUGUCGCUGAGCUGGAUGCCGCAGCUGGACAAACUUGUGGAGCAGCUUCAGGUGGAGGACCCACAUCCGGACUUCAGACUCUGGCUCAGCAGCAGUCCCCAUCCCGAGUUUCCCAUUUCCAUCUUGCAAGUUGGCAUCAAAAUGACCACCGAGCCGCCCAAGGGCUUAAAGGCGAACAUGAAGCGUCUCUACCAGUUGAUCACCGAGCAGCAGUUCUCCCGGUGCCAUAAGCAGGACAAGUACAAAAAGUUGUUGUUCGGUUUGUGUUUCUUCCACUCCGUUCUGCUUGAACGACGCAAGUUCCUUAUGCUCGGCUGGAACAUCGUCUACGGGUUCAACGACUCCGACUUUGAGGUGUCUGAGAAUCUUCUGAGCAUCUACCUAGAUGAGUACGAAGAGACCCCCUGGGACGCGCUAAAAUAUCUGGUGGCUGGUGUUAAUUACGGUGGUCAUGUGACUGAUGACUUUGACCGCCGCCUGUUGCACUCGUACAUCAACGAGAUGUUUAAUGACCAGGCCAUCCAGACGCCUUACUAUAAGUUGUCUUCAUUGCCCACAUAUUACGUGCCCAAGGAUGGACCUCUGUCCACAUACAGGGAGUAUAUUAGCAUGCUACCCAAUGUGGACCACCCCGAGGCUUUCGGUCAGCAUCCCAACGCAGACAUUGCCAGUCAGAUCAUCGAAACGAGGACGCUGUUUGACACGUUGUUGUCACUUCAGCCACAAGUGUCAACAGGUGGACAAGGUGAAAGCAGAGAGGAGAAGGUGCUAGAGCUUGCUGCUGAUGUCCUCAAGAAAAUACCUGAAGAGAUCGACUAUGAACAGACAGCCAAGAUCAUGUCAGAAGACCCCUCCCCUCUCAAUGUUGUGUUGCUUCAAGAGAUUGAGCGUUAUAAUGCACUCCUUCGCCUGAUGAAGAGGUCCCUGAUAGACCUAGAGCGUGGAAUCAAGGGCUUAGUGGUCAUGUCCUCUGACUUGGAGGAGACCUUCAACUGCAUCUUUGAUGCCAGGGUCCCCUCCCUAUGGGGCAAGGCUUAUCCAUCCAGGAAACCUCUAGCUGCGUGGACUAGGGAUCUGGUCGUGCGAGUUGAGCAGUUUGAUAAGUGGGCCACAACUGCACAUCAGCCCAUCAUAUUCUGGAUGUCGGCAUUCACAUUCCCAACAGGCUUCUUGACAGCAGUACUGCAGACAUGUGCUCGGCAGAACAACAUCUCAGUGGACUCGCUAUCCUGGGAGUUUGUUGUGUCUACUGUAGACGACAGUAACAUCACCCAGCAGCCUAAGGAUGGUGUGUGGAUCAAGGGACUAUACCUGGAAGGUGCUGGCUGGGACAAGAAGAAUGCGUGCCUGGUGGAGGCGGACCCCAUGCAACUUGUGUCCAAGAUACCCACAAUUCAUUUCAAGCCCGUUGAAAACAAGAAAAAAUCUGGCAAAGGAAUGUACACCUGCCCUUGCUACUACUACCCUAACCGCGCAGGUACCUCUGACCGCGCCUCCUUUGUGGUGGCCAUUGAACUCAAGGCGGGAGCUAUGACAUCUGAUCAUUGGAUCAAGAGAGGCACAGCUAUCUUAAUGAGUUUGGAUUACUAGGGUUGCUAUCCUAAUGAGUCUGUAUCACUAGGGUUAUGAUUAGUUUCUCUGAAUAACCAUAAUGCAACUCUGUUGGAAUAGAAGUAUUAAUGUCUACCUAGAUUUCAAAAAAAAGAAAUGUAAAAAAAAUGUAUGUGUAAAUAGUUUUAUACCUGAGAAUAGGUUUCCUUGUGUUUUUUUAAAGUGUGUAUUGACAUAAAUUAUUUUUAAAAAUAAAGUUGGAAAUAUUUAAGAAAAAGCUACUUCCACUGCCAUCAAAUUCACACUUUCAAAAGUCAAUAUCCGAUUCACCCAUGCUAAUUUUGUUUCAUUGUUAUGUAAUCAUCUUCCAUGUCACCCUCGUUGCUCACUUUGAAACAAAUGUGUCUGAUAUAAAGGUAAAAACACUUACACAAACAAGCAAAUCAGUACAAUUACAAGUUUAUUUACAAAUAUGUUCUGUAUAAGCAGUAGACUCCAGGUUUUAAACAUUCCUUCACCAACAUCUUGCACCGUACAUCAUAGUCCCUGAAAACAAGACAUUAAAAUAUUGAAUCAAACUAAAUAGCUUGGUCACACCUCAUAAGAAAAAAAAAAAACAGACCAUAAAAGCUCUAUCUGCUUUUACAGAUUUUUUUUUAUGGAAUUAAUAUCUCAGUUCAGCACAGUGGAAUUUGAAAAUGGUCAACUGUUCAUUUCUUUGGAUUUGAACCAGAAAAUGAGCAAUUGUAAUAAAAAAUAAUCACUGCA